CUCAGCUGGGGCUUGGAAUUGCAAAGCCUGCGAUUAGUGGAGACAGCUUUUGCAGCAGUGUUUGCUGGAGUGUUCGGGAGAGGGUUUUUUUUUCCUUUUAAGCCCAGUCUGGUUACACUGUCCUGACAAUGGUAUCGCGGGGUCCUUUCUAUCAGCGCCCGCUACCCGUAGUCCUUCUGAGAUUUCUGUGCCUUCUUCCAACAGGACUGCCGGUCAGGAGCGUGGACUUCACCAGAGGCACAGACAAUAUCACCGUCAGACAGGGUGACAAGGCUGUACUCAGGUGUUAUGUUGAUGACCGUGUCUCCAAGGUUGCAUGGCUGAACCGAUCCAAUAUUAUUUUUGCUGGAAAUGACAAGUGGUCCCUGGAUUCCCGAGUCACUCUGUUGACCAGUGCUCGGUUGGAAUACAGCCUUCAGAUUCAAAAAGUGGAUGUGUCCGACGAAGGUCCUUAUACCUGCUCAGUGCAGACUCAACACCAGCCUAAGACAUAUCAGAUCCAUUUGAUUGUGCAAGUUCCACCAAAGAUCUACAACAUCUCUUCUGACAUCAUCGUCAAUGAAGGCAGUAAUGUGACUCUUGUGUGUCUAGCUAAUGGAAGACCAGAGCCUGUCAUCAAUUGGAGACACAUUUCUCCUUCUGUCAAGGAAUUUGAAGAUGAAGAGGAAUACCUGGAAAUCUUCAUGAUCAACCGAUACCAAGCGGGCUUUUACGAGUGCAAAGCCGCCAAUGAAGUGGCCUCUGCCGAUGAGAAGAAAGUCCACAUCACAGUUAACUAUAUUCCAUCCAUUACAUAUGCCCAGAGCGCAGAUGUUGCAGUGGGACGUUCUGGGAUGCUGCACUGUGAGGUUUCAGCUGUCCCACCAGCAGAAUUUGAGUGGUACAAGGAAGACAAGUGGAUAUAUAACGCUUCACAGGGCAUCCAGAUUCAGAACUUUGGCAAUCGGUCCAUUCUCGUUGUUUCUAAUGCUACUGAGGAUCACUAUGGCAACUAUACGUGUGUGGCAGCCAACAAGCUUGGGAUCACCAAUGCAAGCAUAUUUCUAUACAAAAUUAUCCUGCCUACUAUUCCAAACCCCAUUCAAGGGUAACAGAGAACCGUGCCACCUGCGGAAAGUUACUUCAGCCAAAAUCAUCACCCUAGGAGA